AUGGUAGAGUUGAAGAAACAGCAAAGUGAGAAAGAGAGAGAAGAUGAGAAAGACUUGAUCAGUACGUUGCCCGACGAUGUUCUUGUUCACAUCAUCCAUCUUCUGGACAUAGCCACCGCAGUUCGAACCUCUUUCUUAUCAAAACGAUGGAUCAACCUUUGGAAAUGUCGCACCACUCUCUCUUUCACAAACGGUGAUUUCAAAAACAAAGUCAACUACAACCAGUUUGUCCAUCACGUUCUCUCCCAUAGAGACACUUCCUUUCCUUUGCAUCGUCUUGAUUUCGACGCAUGCGUCGCAGCAAAACUCAACCUUUUCAAGCCUCUUCUGCAUUACGUCCCACAUUUGAGAAUCUAUCUCUAUCACAAAUCUACAAAAGAAGUUCAUUAUUCCAUACCUAUCAUCUUUUCUUCACCCUCUCUCACAUCUCUCACUCUCACUCAUUCAAACCUAAUUAUCUUUAAACUUCCACCAUCUCUAGAACUACCUGCGCUCAAAACCUUGAGUCUCACUAAUGUCUCCUUCACCGCAAGGGACGAUGAUGAGUGCGCUGAACCCUUUUCAUCCUGUCUCUUGUUGACCAGUUUGGUCCUUAUGGGGUGUUCUUUGACCAACCCUGCCAAUGUCCUCAGCAUAUCAAAUUCCAACCUUUCUCGUUUAANCAUGAANAGGUUCNNCGAAGUGAUGANGUACAANAUUGUGCUUUCUACUCCGAAUCUCACCCAUCUAACUAUCAGAAGNUGGAUGNANAUUCAUGAGCUCUCCUCCACUUGUGAUNUUGCACUUCUUGAAGAAGCNAACAUUGAGACCANUANGCGUGCUUCUCAUGCAGUCNNUCUAAGAUUGCUGNNAAUGUUNUCCUAUNCNAAGAUAUUGAUACUCUCUNAGUGCAUCCUUGCAGCAAUUCUAAAGGUUGUGCUAGAAGAUGAUACGUUUCAAUCUCCGAACUUUGUUAGACUACAGACAUUGAAGAUAAUCCAGGAAAGAGAUAUGGUAACUCCCUUGGCUUGGAUACAAGUUGAUUAUGCCAUUAAUGCCUUUCAGAAAGGAACUGCAUAUUUCCGAACUAUAGCGAUUUGGUUCUAUAAAAGAUAA